GCGGGUUUCCGAGCUUCCGCCCUCUCCCUCUUCUCCUUCCCCAUGCUCGACCGGACAGCACAGGCACGGCAGAGCAGUCCAUCAUGAUGCCCUCGGCCCUGUCAGGAGACACGGCUGAUGUGACCGAUCAACGGCCUCGGAAAAGGGCCAAGUACACGCAGGUUGCCUGUAACGAAUGCAAGCGGAGGAAGCUCAAAUGCAGUGGGGGAACGAGAUGCUCGCGUUGUACACGUGAUCAAGUGCCCUGUGUCUACAACGUCAUUCCCAAAUCAGCGGCAUCUCCCUCGGUAACCGGAAGCCCCCCCGAAGACAGGCUCACUGUCCAAGUUCACACGGUCCAAAAGCAGAUCGAAGCACUUCAAAGGGAGGUACAGGUGUUGUCCACAAGAUUAAGAGGCGUCGAGUCCCCGUGCCAUCCCAAAACACCUGCAUUGCCAAGCAGCGUGGCAGCGGGGAGUAUACAUCGAAUUCUAAAUGCGCCUCAUUCACCCUCCUACAUCGGUCCCACGAGUGCCGAAUUCGGUCUGGAUCGUCCUCGUACGUCAAAUGAGGAAUUCCACGACGAUAGCGACAGAGACCCGGAUCGUUCCGAGGACUAUCGGGCCAGCUCGUCAUCCGUUCUUCAAAGCCUCGUGCCCUCUAAUGACAAUGAUCCAUCGGCAAGUAAAGACCCACUGAAGGGGUUGAGCUUGGAAGAGACCUUGCGUUUAGUUCAGGUCUACGACGAUAAUGUGGCUACAAUUUAUCCCUGUGUCGACCUGGCUAGCGUUCGGAUGUAUGUCGUCGAAUCUCAUCAUUCCCGUCACUCCCGCGAUGGGGAUCAUUCUAGUCCAUCGCCGGCGGCCCGUUCAGCAAGUGACUGGUUUCAUGCGCGGGACGUCCAGGUGCUAAGCAUCCUGCUCGCCACGGCUCUGUUGGUUGAGUCGCAUGGUAGAAGCGAGCUGGCAGCCCAGCUGGCGGAUUGUGUUGAGGAUCGCUUCGCCAGUCGAGUGAAAGUUGCUCAAGUUGACAUGAAGGAAAUUUUGAUUCUGGUUCUGUUGUCUAUUUUCCACUCAUACCGAGAUGACGAAGUCAUCGCUUGGCGACUGAUAGGCAUGGCGGCACGGGGAAGUAUGGAGUUGGGAUUGCAUCGACAGGCUACAUGGCAAAGGACGGAAGGAAUCUUUCCGGGCGCGCUCGAAUGGUUGUGGGCGAGUCGUUUGUUCUGGAUUGUCUAUGUCUUGGAUCGCAAAUGGUCAUGCGGAACGGGUCUGCCGUUUGCAAUCCAAGAUGCAGAUAUGGACACCGACCUACCGGGGCCUGGUCAUUCGACUCCGUAUCUCAAUUGCAUGAUUUCUUAUGCUCGCUUGAGCUCGAAGAUCUGGGGACUCAUUGUUGGCUGGUCCAAUCGUUCUCGGGCGGCUACGUCAGAAGGAUGUGCCAUGUUGGACGCGCAGGUUCAACAAUGGGUGCGCUCCAUUCCGCGGGAACUUCGCUUCGAUGCCGGCCAGCGAUCGACUACGAGAUCGGAGCCCACUGAUAGGAACAUGAUGCUCCAGGUGCUACUCGCGCUCCAGGCUAAUCAGCUUCGCAUUCUCGUUUAUCGGCAGUACCUCUUGAGCAGCGAGCGCAUCGCCGAGGAUCUGGCUGGGGCAUCUAUUGCGGUAGAAACCGCAAAAAGCACGAUACACAUGCUGGAAUACUUCAGUCGAGUCUCGAACAUCUAUUUCCAGCGACCAGAGCCAUUCAACUAUUUCUUGAUAUCUGCUCUUGCUGCUUUGUUCCUUGCCGUUCUACAUGCACCCUACCGUUACAGCCAAACCUGCAGACCCGAGUUCUACACUGCCAUUGACAUGGUGCGCCGGUCAGCGACCCAGACUCGGACCUCACGGCGUCUACAAAAGAUCAUUCGCAGCCUCAAACGAAUCCAAUUAAAUGUUCAGUGGCAGAAAUCCCGAGGCCCCACAUCCCCGGGUCGACAUCAUCAACCCACACCAAGCCUUGGAAGGAUGCUGCCCGACAUGGGUGAUUAUCCAUCCUCUUCACUGACUAACACCUCUCUUGCGACUCGCAGCCUGUUGGGAACUACGCCACUCUCUACUGCAACGGAGUCUCCACCAAGCCAGCGAGUUCCCCGUCGCGACCAAAUGCAGGACGAUUUUUCCACCCCGCAGCGCUCGUCUGCAACUCUUUGGCCGUUGUCCCCAGCCACAGCUAUAGAUCCUGAAUCCAACGACUGUGAAGAUCUGAGCAGCUUCUUUGAGAUUGCAGGUGGUUUAUAUUUUGACCCGGGUUCCGACGCGCAUCCGGCAAGUGAAGCGGGUAUUGGUAUGGGAAUGUCUCACCAUGACUACGGGCGGGUACCGCAUGCGUUGGAUGCGUUUCAGGCUGAAGAUGAGGCAUUGACACGAGUGGUGGCUGGGCUUCUUUGAGAUGCACACUUAUAUUUAUUGAGUCAAGCGCAAUUGAUCCUAUCCUAAUUACUCCUCGGACUGCGUUUGAGAUUAACAGAAGGAUCCUCGAAAGCUGAUGCCUGUGGCAUUCGAUUAAUUCGAAAGUCCGAAAGAAAGGCGUAGACAUGGUCUCUAUUGUGCAUUGGAAAGAGAGUUAGCGAUUUAUUCAUGGCAUUUUUGUUACAAGAUCUACCUCGGCAAUAAUCCCAUUCCACCUCCCGUGGACUGAAGAAAAUCUCCC